AUGACAAGCAACAUUGCGCAAAAAGGCCCCCAAAAAAGUCCUCUCCUCCUGCACAACCGCAGCAUUGCACGAGCAACAGCCCACGCCGCAGCACUAGCACCCAACGCAGAAGCCGUCGACCUUCCCACAGCACUCAGCGCAGAACUAAUCUUCAUCUGCGUCGGAGACGACACAGCCCUCGACGCAGUAGUUUCCAAUAUCCUAUCUCAACCAACAGAUCUAAGCAACAAGACAUUCAUCGAUUGCUCGACCGUUCAUCCAGACACAUCACGAAAGACCGAGAAAGCGUUCGCAGCACGCGGAGCGGACUUCGUCGCUUGUCCCGUCUUCGGAGCGCCGAAUAUGGCAGACGCAGGACAAUUGAUUGUUGUUCCGGCCGGGAAGCGAAGUGCGAUAGAGAAGGUUCGGCCGUUCUUCGACGGAGUCGUCGCGAAGAAGACGCUUGAUUUGUCUGCUGGGUCUGGGGCUGAUAUUGAUGUUGGAAGGGCGGGGAUGUUGAAGGUAUUGGGGAAUACGUUUAUUUUGAAUACGGUUGGAGUGUUGGCUGAGUCGUUGUGUGCGGCUGAGGCUUCUGGGUUGGGGGUUGAGCCGUUCAAGGAGUGGCUUGGAUUGUUUGCGCCUGGGCCUUUUGCGAAUUAUGCGGAGAGAAUGGAUAGUGGGGAUUAUUAUAAGCGGGAGGAGCCGUUGUUUGCGGUUGACUUGGCGCGGAAGGAUCUGAGACAUGCGGCGGCUGUUGCUGGGGAGGGGGGAUUGAGGAUGCGGAAUGUUGAGGUGACGGAUUCGUUGUUGCAGGAGGUUAAGGCUGAGCGUGGGGAGAAAGGUGAUUUGGCUGCUGUUUAUGGUGCUGUGAGGAAGGGGGCGGGUAUGAAGUUUGAGAAUGAGUAG